AUGGCCGCCGGCGGCAUCUCCCUAGCCGACCCGCUCCCGACCAUCCUCGCGCACGCGCUACACAGCCUAGCAGCGAUCAAGCAGGCGCGCGACCUGAACGAGUCGCCGCCCGCAGCCGCACCACUAACCGCCAUCGUGGGCGAGGCCGACGCCCUCGUCGCCGCCCUGCACCUCGUGCGCGACGUGCCCGAGCUGCAGACGCCCGACGUGAAAGCUGCUGUUUUGGGGUUGACGCAUCUGGCCACCUCGCAGUCGUCGAGUCUGAUGGUCAUGGCGGCCGAUAGCCUGCGCGUGCGCCCGCCGCCUGGGGUUGGCGGGGGUGCGGCCAGGCAGGCGGCGGUGCAGGCGGAGGUGGCGGCUUGUUUGGAGGCGGUGCUGGCGCGGCUGGCGGCGGCGAGGAGGGAGUUUGCGGUGCUGGUGGGGAGGGUGUAUGUGGGUGUUACGGGGGAUGUGAAGGAGGGGUUUUGGGUGUCGAGGAAGGAGGUGGUGGGCGUUGGGGAGAAGGUCAGGGGCGUGUUGGGCGUGGAGAUGGUGUUGGCCGAGAGGCUGGGGGCGAGGUUGGGGGAGGGCAGUGAGGAUCUGAUCAAGCUGAACGAUACUGAUGCUGCGCUGCUGGGGCUGCCGCCGACGACGAGCGUCAGGGUUGAGCAGUGGCGGGCGGGCGUGAGCGAGUGA